AUGGAAAAGUUCCUAUAUGAUGUUUUUAUUCCAAGUGUACAAGCAUUUCGUUCAUUACAUCAAGUUUAUUGGAAUACAAAUGAUCUUAUUAUUCCACGUAAUGAAAUUAAUUUACUAGGUAAUACAUCAACUUGGUUGGCUAAUGAAAGGUUAAAAAAUAACAAUACUAUUGAAUUAAAUGAUUUAGAAAUGUUAUGUCAUAACAAUCGUAGUAUGUUAAAUAUCGAACAAUAUGUAAGAAAUUUACUUAAGGAAUUCGACAUAAAUAAAAGUCAAUAUUCAUCAACUAUUCACGUUUCAUUACGUCAACGUUUUUCUAAUCUUGCUGAACAAUGUCAAAAACAGAAUGCUUCUAAACAAGUUAUAACAUUAAUAAUGAAACUUGCUGAUCAUACUUAUAAGUUGCCUGAACAAACGAAUGAAAGACAAAACAAAUAA